CGACGACGACACGACAAAGGACGUCGCGGAGGGGACAAGGGCGGCAGCGGUUGCGGCCAGGCAGGCAACGGAUGUGGUCUUCAUUGUGGGGUCGAUGGAUUUGUGACUAGAGUGUAUUGGUGGUUCGAUCGGGGCACAGUACGGUGCGGCAGUGGGAACUCGUGGUGUUCUGUGGCACCGAGGCAGAGAAGUUUGUGUGUGCCGAAARAGAUUUCUUUGUUUUUUGUUGUGUCGUUGAAGUCUUCGUUGUUUGCACGGAUGAGAAAGUACUCGUACCGUAGGAGAAAGAAGGACGGGGCAGAAACGAAAGCAGGCAGCUCUUCGUGGUUUGACGUGGUUUGUCGAAAUCGUACGAUGCUUCACCGUACGGUACAGUAAUACGAAAAUCUGAGUGGUUAGUCGGAGUCUGUACAGGCCAGGUCUACUGAGCAUCGUACUUCGAAAAUGCAUCGGGAGACAGCGUUCCAAAAAUCCGGCAGAAACGACAACAUUUGUUCGUCACAACGGGUGAUGGACAGACUAGUGGAAGACGGGAUUUCGAUCCAAAAUCCACCCAGCGUUUCCAGAUUUUGCGGUACCAUACCAUGCAAACGCUCGAGAAGAGUCAACACGAAGCCCCGCAAUCGACAACUGCCGUGGAAGUAUCACGACAGUGCCAACAACUCCGCAUCGAUGUGGACCGACACGAUGAACAUAGCAUCGGGCUUCAAGGCACCACGUCUGGUCAACUCGGAUUGCAGAAAUUGCGCGGUUUGUUCUCCUUGGUUACGACAGCUGGACGAUUGUUCCUCUCUUUCAUUUUAAAAAAAUAUCACGAAUCGCACGAUUAAAUCGCAGAAAGUCGCUGCGGGGGGUGUCUAACCGAAAACGAAAGGAAUUGGCCUCCUCCAUCACCAUGUCCGACCGAAAACGAAAGGCGGUCGAUAUCGUCUCGGUAGGAACCCCUCCGAAGAAAAUAGUUGGCGAGAGCCAGACCAUUCGCUUCGUCAUCUACGACUUUGAGAAACACCCCGAAAAACGUGAUGAGUGGAUCUCGUCUCCAAUUCUGUGUGCCCAUGGGCAUUCAUGGAAGAUUAGGGUUUAUCCAAGAGGGUGUUCAGAAUCAAGUAAAGGAAAGGAGUAUGUUUCUUGUUUCUUAGAYWUUSCMKRCAAUAGAGAAGGUGGUCCAACUGUGAAAUUUUAUUUACGUUGUAGAAAGGUCACAACAAGAUCUCGCCUACAAGAAUUCGGCGMAGAAUGGAAUUGGGGUUGGAGAGACUGGGUCGAAAGGGAAAAUAUUUUGAAAGACUGCUUAGAGCCAGACGGGAGCUUGGUAGUCGAAGCAGAUAUCWGGAUGUGUGUCGAUAGCAAAGUAUGGUAUCCCAAGGAGCUCCAACGAGAGGAGACACUGGUGGCGCUCUAUCGCAACACUCCUUCUGAAACCGCCGAUGUUACGUUCACUGUAGGCAAAACAAAUUACGAAGCCCAUUCAUUKAUCCUCUCGAUGAAAGCCAGGGCGCUAUUCGAACUAUCCAAGGAAUACAAGAACGAUGUCCCUGUUCCGAUUCCUGAAAUUCGUCCGAAAAUCUUUAGGAGCGUUUUGGAGUUCAUGUACACCGUGAGAACACCCAACAUCGAGGACGAGGAAAUUGCGUUAGAAAUCCUUGUCGCUGCAAAUCGGUUCGAGUGUACGCAGCUCAAGCUCUACGCAGAAUCCGUCAUCGUCGACAAGUUUUUGGCGGGCUCAAAUGCUGCUGAGAUGUUGAUGUUUGCGGAUUCGCAUUCUUGCGCUCUCUUGAAAGAAGCGGCCAUAAACGUAUACAUGAGCGAUACCAAACGUGUUAGGCGAUCCCAAGGCUGGACCAAAGUCAAAGAAUCGAAGAGGCUUCUUAGUGAGCUGCUUGAGCAUACUCCCCUUCUGAAUAUAGAAGUUGGACUGGAAUAUUGGUCUGAUGACGUGGAUCAAAUGGAUGUGGCUUGUCUUCGUGACCAUCUACAAGACGCCAAUCAAGAAAUCGAUGGAAGCCGUGAAAUGCUUGUGGAACGUUUGAAGGAGAUCACAUGCGUUCCUGGAUAUCAUCCAGAAAAUAGACAAGAAAUAUGAUGCGUAGGAUUGUAGCCAAACUACAGAUGAAAUGACAAAGCAAUCAAAAAGAACAGGAACA